AUGAACAACAUCAACAAGUUGUUCUUGUGGGCGACGGUACUCGAUGAUUCUGACCCGUCUUCGCGUCCGUGGCGGGAGAGCUUGUCUGCCAGGAAAGGGGAUGCAGGGCGAUGUACCGAGCGUGAUCCCGAGGAGCUCGACCGAGAAGAGCUUGAUCCGGAUGCACCGCCAGACGCUGAGAUGGACGUCGAAUUACUCGAGUCGGAUUCAGAUUCAGAACCGCUGCUUGAACAAUUUCUGGGAUCACGCUGUCACUACGUGCAUCAAAUCGGACUCGUUCGGUCGGUGAGCGCCCGUCAGAAUCCACCUGAGACGCCCUUGCUCUCACGCUCACUUCACUCCGCGCUUGACGAGUCUCUUCACCAGUCAAACGACGCCCAUGAUCGUCCGUACUCGCGUCCGGGACAGGGCGGAUGCGUUCAUAAGACGAAAGACCCGAAUCGAAAUGAACUGGCCGUGGAGAGGUGUAUCGGCCUGUUCUUGCAGGUUCGUGCUCGUUCACUGGGCUGGGUGGGCGAGCUGGUCUUGACCGAGCCUCAGGUCUUUCAAUGGGCCCUGAACGUCGUCUUGGCUGUAGCAACGGUGAUGAUGGACGACUGUAGAAUCUCGGGCGUGCUGCUCGUUCUUCUGGAGGAGGCGAGGAGUGAAGGAAACGUGCUCUUGAACUUUGCUGAGGGGUUUGUCGUGGAAAUUGGCGAGAAAUCUCAUGUUGUCUCUCGCGGAAACGCGCGUCGGGACGUUCCUCGGCGUCUUCAGCCAAAUCUCUUCGAGGCAUCCCAUGUGCCAAGUCAGCACGGUCGCCUGCUUGGGGCGAGAUGCGAUAUCUCCGGUGGUGGUAACGAGAUGGUGGCAGCGUACGCCCGGACCGUAGACGAGCUGCGCGUUCUCCAUCCCACUCACGUCGAUGCUCAUACUGAGUUCGAUAUGUCCGUGCAUCUGGGUACGAAGGUUGAUGCCGAUGACGGGCAAGUGUCUCUUCAUAUCGGUAUGCGUGAUCCACUCUUGUUCGCGCAUCUUGCCAGCCAUACCGACGAAUCAUCCGGGUCUGUGAUGCUGGUGUUUGAAGAGAAGGGCAGUGAUGGAAGUGAUGUUGAAGGCGAGAACGACAAUGAUGGACAGCUGCCACUAAUCCUGCAGGUGCACCGGACUAGAUGUGAAUCUGGAUAG